UUUGUUGUUGCCACUUUUAACUCUCAGCGCUUUGCGUCCCUUUCGGAGGGAGGACUGGGCCUGACUUUCCCAUGGGGAUCUUUCAUCCCGGCAGCGCUUUCAACGUGGAGGAAGGAGCUUGCCUAGAGGGGGUCUUCCCUCAGUUUAAAAGGCUCAGUCUAGCAACUUGGUUGUUUUUAUGCAUACUGCUUAAUGCCUGUGGAAUAAAUGCAGUUCUGGGCUUGAAACCUAAUAUAGUUCUGAUGUUGGCUGAUGAUCUUGGGAUUGGAGAUUUAGGCUGCUAUGGUAACAAUACUAUCAGCACUCCUAAUAUUGACCGGCUGGCAAAGGAAGGAGUGAAACUUACUCAACACAUUGCUGCAGCAUCUCUCUGUACCCCAAGCAGAGCAGCUUUUCUGACUGGCAGGUACCCCAUCAGAUCAGGCAUGGCUUCCAGCAAUGCAUAUCGGGCUCUGCAGUGGAACGCUGGCUCAGGAGGACUCCCUGUCAAUGAAACCACUUUCGCUCAGUUGUUGAAGCAGCAAGGUUACAUUACAGGACUUGUAGGGAAGUGGCAUCAAGGUGUAAGCUGUGACUCUGUCAGCGAUUACUGUCACCAUCCCUUAAAACACAGUUUUGAUUAUUUUUAUGGAAUGCCUUUCACUCUCUUGAACGACUGUCAGGACAAUAAGCCUCCUGAGCUGGAUGCAGCCUUUCAUGCUAAGCUGUGGUUCUAUACUCAGCUCAUUGCUCUUGCAGUGUUCACUGUUCUCACAGGAAAAAUCACUGGGUUGAUCUUUGUUCCUUGGAAAGUAACCCUCUGCUUUGCCUUGUUUGGAUUCUUGUUCUUUGCUUCCUGGUACUCCAGUUAUGGUUUUGUGAAGCUCUGGAAUUGUAUCAUGAUGCGAAACUACAACAUUACUGAGCAACCAAUGAAACUGGAAAGAACCACUUCUCUCAUACUACAGGAAGCUGUGUCAUUUAUUCAGCACAACAAGCAGGGACCAUUUCUCCUCUUUAUUUCUUUUUUGCACGUCCACACACCUCUGUUUACAAUGAAAAGAUUUCUCAGAAGGAGCAAGCAUGGUUUAUAUGGAGACAAUGUAGAAGAAAUGGACUGGUUGGUGGGUCAGAUUCUAAAUGCAAUUGAUAAGGAAGGCCUGAGGAACAAUACCUUUACUUACUUUGCCUCAGACCAUGGAGGGCACCUGGAAGCUCAAGAAGGAACAAUCCAGAUAGGUGGCUGGAAUGGCAUAUAUAAAGGGGGCAAAGGCAUGGGAGGCUGGGAAGGUGGAAUCCGUGUGCCGGGCAUAGUGAGAUGGCCUGGAAUGCUCCCUGCCAAUUCUGUUGUUGAUGAACCAACCAGUCUGAUGGAUAUUUACCCAACAGUGGCUCAUUUGGCUGGAGGAGCUCUGCCACAGGACAGAAUAAUUGAUGGAAGGAAUCUCUUGCCUUUAUUACAACACAAAGUCAGGCACUCAGAGCAUGAGUUCAUGUUUCAUUACUGUGGAUCGUACCUGCAUGCAGUAAGGUGGCAUCAGAAAGACAAUGGCACUUUAUGGAAAGCCCAUUAUGUAACACCCAUAUUCUCCUCAGAAACUUCAGGGGGCUGUUAUGGAAGAGGAAUUUGUCCAUGUUUUGGAGAAGGUGUAACCUAUCAUGAUCCGCCUUUGCUGUUUGAUCUCUCUCGGGACCCUUCAGAGACUAUGCCUCUGUCACCACACACUGAGCCGCUGUUCCAUGCUGUUCUCAAGAGAAUAGACAAAGCUGUGGAUGAGCAUCGGAAGACACUCACUCCUGUCCCACAGCAGCUCUCUAUUUACAACAUAAUGUGGAAACCCUGGCUGCAGCCAUGCUGUGGAACAUUCCCAUUCUGUUGGUGUGACAAAGAAAACAGUCCUCUAGAUACAUAUACAGUGGAUUAGCCAGCAAAUUAGCAGAAAUAAAAAAACAAUUUCUGGCUACCAUACAUUUCCCACCUAUGAAUGUGAACAAUUUUAAUGUGCCAUUCUGUGUCAAGGUUUUUUAAAAAAAUUAAUUCAAAUAUAUGAAAAAGAGCAUGUGCUGCUUUAAUUUUGAAAAGGUUUUAGAAGCAGGAAUGCUAGAAACAUACAAACUUUAAAGAAGCACUUAAAAUGGAACAAGUUAACUAUAGUCUCAUAUUAGGGGCAAAUGGGGAGUGGAGAAAAAGAGUUUAACCCUCUCCCCCCCACCCACCCUUAGCAUCAUGAUUGAGGUUUGAAUCUCUCAUCCCUUUGGCUGCUUUAAACCAUUUUAAAAAUUGUGGGAACUCCUGUUCACAGCUUUACCACAUCUGUUUAGCCUAGGUUGCCAUCUUUAGGUUGGGAAAUAUCUGGAGAUUUGAGGACAGUGCCUUGAGAUGGUGGUGGGGAGGAGCUCAGUAAGCCCAUGGCACUGUAGAUUCUCUCUCCAAUAAUUGAAUUUUGUUGUCUGAAGAUCAAUCAUAACUCUUUGAGAUCUCCAGACCCCAGCUGGAGGUUGGCAACUCUAUUUCAGCAUAUGUACUCAGUUACAAAAUUACAAGAGUCUUAGAAGGGUGUAAUUUUGCUUAGGAUGGUGCUAUUAAUUACAUGUGCUAGGAUUUAAUUGGUAUGAUAUACGAAUGAACUAAACUUUCACUGGAUUGUGGUAAAAAUUCAAAAUUAGCAUGGCUUUUGGAGAUCUGUAUUUGUAUCUAUAGUCCUCAUAACAUUUGGCUAUGGGGCUGUCAAGUGUUGAUAAUUAUUGGUAGCAAUGAAAUUGCAUAAAAAUUAACUAACUUCUGCUUCUUACCGAUUUUGCUAAAUACAGUUGUCUGUAGCAGGAAUUCAGCUGUGAUUAUAUUACAUUUCUAUUGGAAAACAUGAAGGGGAUAUCAUGAUGCUUUUCAGGUGUUUGGAAAAACAAAUUAUGCCAUACAGCUGUUACAUUUUGAUUUAUACUGAAUGAUACAUAAAUUAAAUAUAUUACUUUUGUCAGAAA